ACAAGUUAGUGUUCAGCGAUGACGUCACUGCUCCACAUUGAACAAGCAGAGUAAUAGUGAGUGACUGAGAUAGAGGUGCGUCGUAGUAAAGUACACACUACUAUGAAGUUCUCUAUGUAACGUUAUCGUUAUAGUCGUUGUCUACUCAGGGAGACUCCGAGAAGAGAAACUUACAUUAGGACUUUUUUUUACUGCCCUGAGUGAAACACAAGGACACUUCAGAGAGGAUUUUCGAUCUUUUUUUCUUUUCAACAAAAGAAAUGUCUGCGGCAGUCGCUGCUUCGAGAAGGCAGUCAUGUUAUUUAUGCGACUUGCCCCGUAUGCCGUGGGCUAUGAUCUGGGAUUUUACCGAGCCUGUCUGCAGAGGAUGUGUUAACUAUGAGGGUGCGGAUCGGAUCGAAUUUGUUAUUGAAACUGCAAGACAGCUAAAAAGAGCCCACGGAUUUCAGGAGGGUAGAUCGCCUGGUCCAGGGAAACAGCUCUCGGGGAAAGAGAUUCAGACGGGAGAUACAGGAUCACGACCACCUCAGCCACUGGACCGUUACCCUCUUUCCUCUGACCGACCACCUAGACUGGGACCAGAAUACCAGUCUGGGAGGCAGGCAAAUGGCAAUACUGUUCCAAAUGGAUUUCCUAAACCAGACGAACCACCGGAGCUGAACCGCCAGAGUCCUAAUCCUCGAAGGACUAGCACUGUUCCCCCAAAUUUAGUGCCUUUAGUAAAUGGCAGCAUGCCUCCUGUUCAUUCUAUUAACGGCAGACCAGGACCGAUUGGACUACCAUCUGCUCUUACGACAGCUAGCCCUAGCGACCUUGGCGGUAAGCGUCCAGCUUCCGUUUCAAGCACGGAGCACGAAAGAGAAAUGAAGGACAAACACAGACCGGACAGCUUAACGCCAGAGAUCACCGAUAACCAUAAAUCUAGGACUGAUGAAUGGUUAAGCAAGAGUAAAACAGUUAGAGAUCUAAUGGCUCACCCUUACGACAGCAGAUUUAAAAAGGACCAUACCAUGCAACAAAGAAUGAUGUAUGAAAGCGCCCCUGCUCUCAAAUCAGAUAGAGGAAAACAUCCCAGAAGUCUAAAAAGAAAAGCCUCCCCAGAGCCAGAUGGAGAGGGCACUGCUGGAAAGAUCAAUGGAGAUCAAUGGCUAUCACAGCCAGGAGACAGCUUGAAAAUACCUCCUGUGCCAUCAGCGACUUUUGCCUCUUCAACAGUAUCUCCACUUUCUCACACAACUCCAUCUGAGGCUGCUCAGAAUGGGCAGUCUCCUAUGGCUGCUCUCAUCCUUGCAGCUGAUAAUGCAGGAGGAAACAGCUCACCCAAGGACACAAAUCAGGUACACUCUACAACACGGAGGAACAGCAGCAGUCCGCUUUCACCUUCCUCCACGAAUCAGCGAAGACUGGCACAGAGGGAUGGUUCAUGCACAGGAACUCCUCACAUGCCAGGCAUAGAACCCGUACAUCCCCAAAGCAUUCCGGACUCUUCCGUUCCCAGCAGCAUUCCCUUAUGUUGUACGCUAUGUCAUGAGCGUCUGGAGGAUACACAUUUUGUUCAGUGUCCCUCAGUACCAUCUCACAAAUUUUGUUUUCCAUGCUCCAGGGAGAGCAUCAAACAGCAAGGUGCUACAGGUGAGGUGUACUGUCCAAGUGGGGAGAAGUGUCCAUUGGUUGGUUCAAAUGUACCUUGGGCAUUUAUGCAGGGUGAAAUAGCCACUAUACUAGCAGGAGACGUGAAAGUGAAAAAGGAAAGAGACCCAUAAUUUCAGCAUGACGCAUUAUUUUCUUCAGAAAUGAAAAAAUGUUGAAAAUAUUAAUCUAUAUAAAUAGCCUUUAUAUAAGCAUCACAGGCAUACCAUCCAAACAGAAACUAAUGGACAUGUACAUAUUGGACACAAGGGAUGUGCAAACUGUAAAUAUUGCUGUAUAAUUUUUUAAUACAUUGUGUUUCUAUAUUUUUGAAGAUAAAGUUGUGUACUCAUUAAAUGCAUUAUGUUCAUGUUUGUCAAUGUUUAACAAUUUCUUGAUGUACUUUUAGGUAUGGUGGUAGUUCUUGUUAAACGUAGAAUGUGACUAAUGCAUCUCUAUGAGCACUUGGCAAACCUGCAAUUGCUUUUAGCUGUACUUGUAUGCACUUGUUUAAAAUUGCCAAAUACAUUUUUUGAUCUUGUAUUAAUUUAGUGUGUCUGCUGCUUGCUAGAUUUAAAAAAGCUUUUUGAUAAGAGCUACAAGAGGAGAUUUCUUAGACUUAUUUGGAUGGCAGAUGCUGGAUAUGGCAGUUCUGAGAGCAUGCACUGUAGAGUGCAAUGCAGGAACUGGGAACACAAAUCUGUUUUAAACAGUUUGUUAAUUUCGGCUACUGAUUUGCCAGAAUUGGGUAGUGUAAGUGUUAGGCUUGUCUAUAGAUGCAACUGAAAAUAUGACAUGUGGUUCUGUAAAAAAAGUCUAAGCACCAACAUUAAAAUCUUUUGCAUAUUU